CAGUCAAAUUCUCCUUUUCAUUCCUUCGUUUUAUACAGGUUUAGAUUUUUUUAUUUUUUAGUUUUAUCAUGCAAAAUCAGUCAGAUAUCGAAGGACUCAUUGGACGUCUCACUCAAAAACAAGACAGCACUUUCAAAGCCGGCUGCAAGAAAUGUGGUUAUAGUGGUCAUUUGACAUUUCAGUGUCGGAAUAUUUUGAAGAUUGAUUCAGAACAUGAUGUUGUUGUUGAUGUGAGCAGUACCUCGAGUGAAGAUAGUGAUGAUGAUAGUGUAUCUUCUUCAUCUGAAAGAAAAAAGAAAAAGCGUUUAACUAAAUUAAAACAAGAUAGCAGUGAUUUUGACUCAGACAGUUCUAGAUCAAGAUCUUUAAAGAAAGCCCUACAAGAUAGAAAUGUACCCAGAAAACGAAAAUCAUCAAUCACACCAGAGAGGAAAAGAAGAAGAAAGAGUUCCUCAAGUGACGAAUCAUCUGAUUUGGAUAGAAAGAAGAUGAAAAAGAGUAAAAAGAAACACAAGAAACACAAGACGGAUAGUAAAAAGAGAAAACGAAAGCACGAGAAAAAGAGGAAACAUCGACACUAACUCGGAUUACCCGUUUCAAACCCUCGGUCCGAUCUACGUCUACGGUGACUAUCAUGUUUCGUGCAGUGAGAAGUCACUCGUACGAUCCUCACAACCUUGUGAUGGAUGGUAUCUUUGCUGGGAUUUAACGUCUUGCGCAAGCAAAGAUGGUUGAGAGUAUCUGUGCAAUGCUUGAAAAACCCCACGCAUUUGGGGAAAAUGUAAGUUCAACAAGUAACCCAGUAUAAAAAAUACUGUAUGAGCCAGCAAAGCCAAAGAUAUGUUUUCAUAUGUUACAUGCACACCUCGUUCCUUCCAUCUCUCUUGAACUGCUCAUUUUACAGACGAGGUAAAGAGAGUAAAAGUGAAGUUUUAUUAAAUGGACCGUCCAAUAGAUUAAUAAUAAACCUAGCUUCUGCUAUUUUUUUUAUCUCUA